UCUGAAAGCAUACCACGUGCCUACCUGCUCUCGCCAUACCUCAUCUCUACAUACAAUCUUCCUGGAGUCCAACCCCACAGCUUCAACACGCAUAGAAGAUGGUAUCUCCACAUAAGACGCAGACAGUAGCAAUUAUCGGCGCCGGACCGGUGGGAGCCCUAGCAGGCCUAUACUUCUCGCACGCGGGCUGGGACGUGACGGUGUACGAGCUACGUGACGACCUACGCUCUCCCGAGAACCGCGCACUAGGCUCCGGGAAAUCCAUCAACCUUGCGCUCUCCGAACGCGGCAUCAACGGCCUACGGAACAUUGGCGAUGCGGGUGCGGCGCUGCUACACAAGGUGCUCGAGGAGACUAUACCCAUGCACGGCCGGAUGAUCCAUUCUGGCGAGGUUGGGACGAAGGGUGAAGCCCAGGCUUACGAUAGCGUGCAUGGGCGGUUUAUCCGGAGUGCCGAUAGGGCGCUGCUCAAUAUGCAGCUGCUGGAUGCGCUCGAGGAGAGAGAUAACGUGCAGUUGUGCUUCAGGCAUAAAUUGAGGCGACUUAAGCUCGAUGGGGAGGACGGCGCCGAGGCGGAGUUUGUGAAGAGUGAUACGGGGGAGACGGUGAAGGUGUAUGCGGAUUUGGUAGUGGGUGCCGACGGUGCGCAUUCCGCGGUGAGGAAUCAGCUGCAGCGACACGUCAAGAUGUACUACGAGCAGACCUACAUCAGCACGAUGUGGUGCGAAUUCACGAUUCCCCCGCACCCGACAACCGGCGAUUUCCAGCUCUCGCCCGACCACCUGCACAUCUGGCCGAAGCAGACGCAAAUGUUCAUUGCCAUCCCGUCCAUCGACAAAUCAUUCACAUCGACAUUGUUCAUGCCCGAACACCUCUUCAACAGCAUCGAAUCGCGGUCAGAUCUAAUCGCCUUCUUCCGCGAGCACUAUGCCGAUGUCCUCGACAUCCUCGGUGAAGACUCCCUCUGUGACCAGUACUUCGCGAACGAGCACUUGCCACUGGUCAGCAUCCGCACGGGACCGUACCACUACUCCGAUCGCUGCGUGAUCAUUGGCGAUGCUGCGCACGCCAUGGUGCCCUUCUAUGGCCAGGGAAUGAACGCUGGCUUUGAGUCCGUCAACAUCCUCUUCAAACACAUCCGCGCCAAUCCUGAAGACUUGAAGUCCGCGCUGCAGGCGUAUACCAAUGAGCGGCAGCCAGACGCAUGGGCAAUCGUGGACUUGGCGAUGCGGAACUACGAUGAGAUGCGAAGCGGCGUGACGAAGCGGGGCUAUCUACUGCGCAAAUGGGUGGAAGAGGCGUGCGCAAAGUGGGUGCCGUCGUUAGGCGUCAAGACGCUGUAUUCGAUGGUUAGCUUUGGGAAUGACCGGUAUUCGGAGGUCCUGCAGAAGGCCGAGAAGCAGAUGGCCAUCGAGGAGGCCAUGUUGGGCGGCGCGAUGCUGGUGGUUAUGGCGGGUGUCGGCUGGCGGUAUGGUGCCUUGAAGGCGCUGGAAGUGGGCUGCAAGGAGGGAUGGAAGGCUCUCGUUGGCCGGCGGUGAAGCAUUGUGUAUUUUUCAGUUUCUUCAUUGUCUUCCUGUCACUUGUUUGUCGCGCACUGUAAAUUAGUUGGAAUGGGGUUGGCGUCACAGAGAGUCACUUAAAGUUUAAGCUUUCCUGGUGUAACGUCAGGAAUUACGCCGAUGACGUAGUGGGGUAUCUACGAGCUCGUCAGCUAC